CGCGAAACGCAGGGAGCAACGACGCGUACGACAUCAAUCGGUCAUCGUUUAAAGACAUCCCUGGUUAUCGAUGCACUUCCAUCACUGAGUGGUCAGACUAUGAUUGAAGUACUUGCUCGCGGCGGAGUUGUCGAAGCAGCAGCGAUUCCCGCGGCAACCAGUAGCAGUGCAAUUGGUGGCGGCGGCGGCGGCGGUGCGUCUUCAACAUCUUCCGGAGUGUCGUCCGCUUCGAAGCAUCUGUCUUCAUCUGUAUCUACACUUUCUGCAGUUGGGCAAGGAGUGGAACUAAGACAGCAGAUUGCUAAGAGCCCUUCUGAUGAGUCGAUAAGGUCACGCACAUCAUCUUCCGGUAACAGUGGUAUUAACUCAAACGGUGCAACAAACACGGGCGCAAAUAAUGGAAACAAAGUAUGUCAUAAAAUGCACCUUUAA